AUGACCAACCGAGAAUUCCUGUCCACCCUCCGUCCCCGCGACACCAGCCCCCCGGGCGCCCAAGAAAACUGGUACACCAUCGCAGCCGUCGCCCUCGCCGCCGCCGGAGCCGGACCGGAUGUCACCAUUCUCUACCAGCUGGCCACAGAAGACACCUCCCUGUCGGAAGAGAAACACAUCCAGCGUCGGCUGAAGGAGGCCAUCCUCAAGACCAGUAUUCUGUACGGAGUGCCCCGCUCCCUGCAGGCGUUGCUGCCGCUGUUUGCCACGCUGCGCGAGGAGCAGAUUGAUCACUACGGGCCAAGAACGGAAGCCCUCGCCAACGGCGAAACCGACGCCGACCGCCAGCGCCGCGCGAGGGAGUACUUCGAUACCCUGUGGACGCCCGCGGCGGCGCAGGCCAACCGGGACAAGAAUUUCGAGUAUCAACCGGAUCUAUACCUCCUCAACCUCGAAAAAAUCUACGAACUCUGGAUCAGCGAGGACACGAUUCUGUCUCCAGUCGAGACGCAGAUGUGCAACCUGGCGGCGUUGGUCUGCGGCGGGUCGCCGGUGCAGGCGAUGUGGCAUGCCCGCGGGGUCGUGCGGCACGGAGGCACGAAGGAGCAGAUUGCGUUCGCGCAGGCGAUUGCGCUGGCGGUGGCGGUGGAGUACGGGUGUCGCAUUGGGGCGGUGGUGCCGGUGGAGGAGAUUCCGUUUGGGGAUGUGGCGCCUCAUUAG